UGUCUUCCCGCUGCAGCCGCCCGAAGAAAAAAAAGAGGAACCCAGCCAUGCCUUGGAAGAUUGGUGAGAAAGCUUGGUUUUCUCCUUCUUUUCUUGCUCUAGAACACUUCUAGAACCCAUAAAUCUCUCCCCCUCUGCUGGAAAAUCCGGAUCUGCUCUGUCCUUCCUCUCUUGUCCGCCAGCCCUUCCUGCUUUGUGGGGGCGAAUUGCUUGAUUUUUUGCCCAUGAGCUUUCUUCUGCACUACCGCCGGCUUCUCCCCCUGCCAAGUCCGGUUCUGCAACUGGAAAAUUUAUGGUAGGUUGGCUUCUCUAAUUCUCGAAAAUUGGUUGAUUAGUGGCUGCUUUGUGAUGUCUGAAUUUGGCUAGAAAAUGGGGAUGAAAUUGACAGUAAUUAGACCAUGAUUUAGCUUGAUUCAAGUGAAUUUAUGUGAUUGAGUGUUAAUUGAUUGCUGUGAUUUUUGGAGAAAAUCCCGUGAAUUAGCUAGUGUUUUGGCCAAUUUUUGGAAGUGCAGUUACUGUUCACGGGUACUGUUCACAUGGUACUGUUCACACACCGAGGGCCAACAAUUAACGGGGAUUUAAAUGAUUAGUUUGUGAUAUGAGAAUGAUUUUGGAGAUAUUUGAUCAUGUGGAGAUUUAUGGAAAUAGCAUUGUGAUUAGGAAUGAUGCUAAUGAUGAGUUUACCUUGAAUUUGUGAUAGUGGUAUUAAUUCGUGGAUAUUUUGAUUAGGUUCCCGAUUGUUCUGUCAGUUAGCAUUGAGAUUGAGUGCUCGGUUUUAUGCGAGUGAGGAAGUGAAACCGAGGACGGGGAAACCACGGGAAGUGACGAGUUAGAAGGCUAACCAUAUUGUAAUUGGAUAUAAAUUUUAGAUAUGAAUCAUGAUCUUGUAUUUGGAGAUUUUAUGAUAUUAGAGUAAAUUUUAAAGAUUUGAUCUUCAGAUUUUGGUGGUAUCAGAGUGUGUUAUGAUAAGUUCCGAGCCUUGUGCACUUGUGGGACCCGUCUCACGAGUGUACGGCGUCUGUCGCGUCCUCGGAUUUGGGUUCUGGAGUGUGACAUCUGGUUUGCCAAGUUUAGCACCACCAUCAGUGAAUUUGGUUUUACUUCUAGUCUUCAUGAUACUUCAUUGUUCAUACGCAAUACUAAUUAUGGUAUGGUUCUACUACUUUUUUAUGUUGAUGAUAUGAUCAUUACUAGGGAUGAUAUUUCAAGUAUGCAUGUUCUUAAGCAAUUCUCAGUCAUAAGUUUAAGAUGAAAGAUCUCAAUGCUUUGAGUUAUUUCUUGGGACUUGAGGUCACUUCUUCUGAUGAUGGUUAUCUUUUCUUCCAAACAAAAUAUGCUUCUAAUCUUAUAUCUAAAGCUGGACUCAUUGAUAGUAAGACUGCAUCUACUCCUCUUGAGCCAAAUGUUCGACUUACACCCAUGGAUGGCUCUCCAUUAGUUGAUCUUAUUCACUACAAAUAGUUAGUUGGAAGUUUGAUUUAUCUCACUACAACAUGACCAGACAUAACUUAUGCAGUUCAUGUUGUUAGUCAAUUUAUGCCUACACCUCACUUCACUCACCAUGCAGUAAUACUUCGCAUUAUUCGCUAUAUUAAAGGUACCAUUUUUCAUCAACUUCACUUUUCUACUUAUUCAUCUCUUGAACUUUGUGUUUGCUCUGACGCUGAUUGGGCUGGAGACUCUAAUAAUUGUAACUGGAUAUUGUCUUUUUCUUGAUGAUUCCUUAAUCUUUUGGCGUAGCAAAAAGCAAACAGUUCCAUCAUGUUCUAGCACAGAGGCUGAAUAUUGAGCACUUGGAGACACCACAUCAGAGUUACUUAACUUACGUUGGCUACUGGAAGAUAUGGGUGUUCCUCAACCACCUGCUACUAAUCUUUAUUGUGACAAUUAGAGUGCCAUGUAGAUUGCUCAUAAUGAUGUCUUCCAUGGACACACUAAACACAUUAAGAUUGACUAUCACUUUGUUCACCAUCAUGUUGCACAAGGAAUUAUUCAUUUGGUUUUCAUUGGCUCCAUUGAUCAACCAGCAGACCUUUUCACCAAGGCUUAUUUUCCUAGACACUUUCAUACUCUUCUUUCCAAACUCAAGUUGAUUUUGUUGUACCUAUGAUUUUGAUGAUUACAAAACACAUUUGAGUGACUAAUUGGUUUAUUUAAGUGUGUAGUUAAGUUGCUAAAAGAUUGCAAGUAAACUUGGAUUGCACUA